UAGUCAGCCAAUGAGCGGCGCGGAUGCUGCUGCCUAUGGCGCCGCAACGAAGUCCACUUACUUUUCUGGGCGCUUGGUGCCUGGCUAGCUGAAUUGUGAAGAAAUUCCGAGGGAUUUGGAUGUUGGUGGACCUCCUCAGUCGUGCUCUCAGCAGACGCCGACAUAGUCCAUCACCCAGACGGCCACUGACAGCGGUCGGUGUCCAGCCCGCGAUACGAGAGCCAUGCCUGUCCCCGCCAGAUACCUCAGCAACUCCCCCGCCAUGGCCUUCUCGUCCUCGGCCUCGCUUAUCCCACCGCCGCCCAUCAACACCCAGCAGCCCGGCGUCGUCACGUCGCUCCUGUACAGCGGAUCCAAGUUCAGGGGCCACCAGAAGAGCAAAGGCAACUCUUACGAUGUGGAGGUUGUUUUGCAGCAUGUUACCAUGGAGGAUUCAUACUUGUGCGGCUACCUGAAAAUAAAAGGCCUGACCGAGGAGUACCCAACUCUUACCACGUUCUUUGCCGGAGAGAUCAUCAGCAGGAAGCGGCCAUUCCUGACCCGGAAAUGGGAUGCAGAUGAAGAUGUGGAUCGAAAGCACUGGGGCAAGUUCCAGGCCUUCUACCAGUAUGCAAAGACAUUCAACUCGGACGAUUUCGACUACGAGGAUCUGAAGAACUCCGACUACAUCUUCAUGAGGUGGAAGGAGCAGUUCCUGGUCCCCGACCACACGAUCAAAGACAUCAGCGGGGCGUCCUUCGCUGGGUUCUACUACAUCUGCUUCCAGAAAUCCACAGCAACAAUCGAGGGCUACUACUACCACAGAAGCUCUGAAUGGUACCAGUCUCUAAACCUCACUCACGUUCCCGAACACAGCGCAGCCAUUUACGAGUUCCGGUGACCCUGGCAUUGCAGCUCUCUCUGUUGGACAAAGACUUGAAAACUUAUUGGCCUGCAGACGCUGCUGAGGAGGAGGAGGAGGAGGAGGAGAGGAAGGACUCGGGAGAGGAAUUUGGGCUUUGGACAAAUGCAAACUGUUAUAUUUCCUAAAACAAAAUUUUAAAAAGAGUGGACGUGCCUGUCGAGGUUGGAGUAGCUGGACUGCUGAAGGACCAGUGGACGGACAAGAGGUUUGCAGUUGUGAAAGGACAGAUGGAUGUGUGAACGGAUGGACAGAAGGAAAGGAAGAAAGUCCUGUUUUGCUCCCAUGAUGGAGCUUGUAAAGUUAUAACCAGCAGCAGAGACUGGGUGUGAUUUAUAUAUUGUACUCCUUUCUUCAUUUCUUUUAAUGUCUGGUUUUAGAAUCCUGGGCACAGCAUCUUGGGACACUUUAUACACAAAGUUGGGGAGUUCCCCACCUUCUUUUCCUUCCUUUUUGCAACUAGGGAUUUUUCCUGCUUUCAUCUGAUGCCGAACGAGCAGCAUAAACACAUUCGACUACCAUAGGACAAGGAUUCCUCAGAGGAGUCCGCUCUUAUUAACACAAGAUGGAUCUGGAAAGACACUGAAUGAAUCAGAGUCGGUGUGGAAAAAGAGAGAAAGACAAGUUUGAGUUGAGUGCUUCAGGAUUGAGGAUUGGAGCUUUAAUCAGUUCAUAAGCUAGAAUGACAGUAUUUUAAAAGCUAAGCUGGUUCUUUGAUUGCCUGCAAAGAGGAGAUUUUGUUGUUUUUUGUUUUUUUUUCUCUCAAUGAUGGACACUGAGUGGCACUUUUUAAGGCUGCAAAGUGAGAGACACAUUAAGCAAGCUUUUACCACGUGUUGCUAAAUUGCUUGGGAGAUUAUUAUUACAUGUGAUUGCUGUGGAUCUUGUACUAUUGAGUUACAUUUGCACAAAGACGGACUAUAUGUUACUAAUGCUUGCAGUCAGCUUUUUCCACUCACAUGCCCCCAGUACACAAUCUUCAAGGUGGCGGUUCAAGCUGUGUCAGUAAGACAAAACAAUCACUUAGUAGUACUCAAAAAAGGAAUAGGUAGUGUUUUUGACCCAGGUGUGCACUCGGCAUUAAACAAAGAGCUUUUUAACUCCCCUUUUUCCCUUUUCCAUUUUAAAUUAAGAUUCCCCUCCGCACAUUUAUGUCUCUUCGACUAUGCAACAUUAUCAACGUAGCACUCUCCAAACAUCAGUCCUGGGUUUUCAGAAACAAAUUUUAUUCUAUCCUUACAAUAGUAUAUUUAAAAAAAAGUCUAUCUUCAUUAAAGGAAAUAUUUUUGUUAAAUUGCCUUUGAAAAUACUCCUCUCCCCUAAUCAUGUUCCCUUUCCAUGUGAUGGUGCCAUCUUUUUAAAGCUUAUCAGAAUUGUAUUAUAAAUGAUCACAAGUGUGUUUGUUUGAGAAUAAGGCUGGACUUUGAUUGAUGGUGUGUCUGUGAGGAAUGGAUUAAAAAAAAUAUAUCAAAAUAC